AUGGCGGGCUGCGUGGCGCGGGCUCCGCCGGGCCCCGAGGCGCGCCUCAGCCUCGCCACCUUCCUGCUGGGCGCGUCAGUGCUCGCGCUGCCGCUGCUCACGCGCGCCGGCCUGCAGGGCCGCACCGCGCUGGCGCUCUACGUGGCCGGGCUCAACGCGCUGCUGCUGCUGCUCUACCGGCCGCCGCGCUACCAGAUAACCAUCCGAGCCUGUUUCCUUGGCUUUGUGUUUGGCUGUGGAGUGCUGCUAAGUUUUAGCCAGUCUUCUUGGAAUCACUUUGGCUGGUAUAUGUGCUCCCUGUCACUGUUCCACUAUUCUGAAUACUUAGUCACGGCAGUCAAUAAUCCCAAGAGUCUGUCCUUGGAUUCCUUUCUCCUGAAUCACAGUGUGGAGUAUACAGUAGCGGCUCUUUCUUCUUGGAUAGAGUUCACACUUGAAAAUAUCUUCUGGCGAGAGCUGAAGCAGAUCACCUGGCUCAGCGCCACGGGGCUGCUGAUGGUGGUCUACGGAGAGUGUCUGAGGAAAGCGGCGAUGUUUACAGCUGGCUCCAAUUUCAACCACGUGGUGCAGAAUGAAAAGUCAGAAACCCACACUCUGGUGACAAGCGGAGUAUAUGCUUGGUUCCGGCAUCCUUCUUACGUUGGGCGGUUUUACUGGAGUAUCGGAACCCAGGUGAUGCUGUGUAACCCCAUCUGUGGCGUGAGCUAUGCUCUGACAGUGUGGCGAUUCUUCCGCGACCAAACAGAGGAGGAGGAAAUCUCGCUGAUUCACUUCUUCGGAGAGGAGUACCUGGAGUAUAAGAAGCGGGUGCCCACGGGCCUGCCUUUCAUAAAGGGGGUCAAGGUGGAGCUAUGACAGGCCCGGGGUGGGCCGA